AACAAAGGUAGAACUAACAUGACAGAGCAAAUUAUCACAAUUCCAUGUUGAGGGGUUAAAGACUUAAAAAAGUGGUUUUAGAAAAAUUUUGAAUUAAUAUAACGGAGAUACUGCGGUUUACUGUAUUUUAUCACUUACCUUCAUUGUCAUAUGUAAAAUUAGUGUUUUUUAAUACCUGAGAACAAAAUUGUAAAUUGCGCAAAGAUGACUAGUGAAACUAAACCUGAACCUGCAAAGGUAGAAACCAAAGCAAAUGAUGAUGAUAAGAACAAAAAUGAACUGUCUGAUGAAGAUAGGCAGUUGCAAGAAGAAUUAAAUCUAUGUGUCGAAAGACUACAAGAAAACGAUGAAAGGCUUUACUUACCAGCUCUACAGGCGCUGGGCAAUCAUAUCAGAGCAUCUACUACCUCCAUGACCUCAGUGCCGAAACCUCUUAAAUUUAUGAAACCUCAUUACGAAACUAUGAAAGAAGUUUAUGAAAAAAUUCAAGAACCCAGUGCAAAAACGAUGUGUGCCGAUAUUAUAUCCGUCUUAGCAAUGACUAUGGGUGAUGGAAGAGAAAGUUUGAAGUAUCGUUUAUUCUCAGAUUUGGACAAAAUUGGAGAUUGGGGCCACGAAUACGUGCGUCAUUUGUCGGGAGAAAUUGCUGGGGAAUGGGCAGAAACGGAUAUUUCAGAAAAUAAGGAAAUAAGAGAUAAACUUAUCUUAUUGACAAAGCAGAUUGUUCCUUACAAUAUGGCACACAAUGCAGAAGCCGAGGCCUGCGAUUUGCUAAUGGAAAUAGAAAGACUAGAUUUAUUGGAACAAUAUGUGGAUGAAAAUAUAUAUACUAGAGUCUGUUUGUAUCUCACAAGUUGUGUCCCUUACGUAGCCGAUCCAGAAAAUACAACCCUGCUUCAAACUGCUUUGUUGUUAUUCCGCAAAUUUAAGCAGUAUCCUCAAGCAUUGCGUUUAGCCAUGCAACUCAAUGAUCACAGUCUUAUAGAAGAAAUAUUUACUUCUUGCCCGGAUAUUGCUAUUCAAAAACAACUGGCUUUUAUGUUGGGUAGACAACAAAUUUACAUCGAAAUUCCCGAAAGUACUCCAGAGUAUGAAGAUUUAAUUGAAAUUAUGGCAAACUGUCAUCUCAACAACCACUUUUUAAAUUUGGCUAGAGAGCUUGAUAUAAUGGAUCCUAAAACACCGGAAGACGUUUACAAAUCCCACUUGGAAAAUACACGACCUCAGUUUGGUGGCAGUCAAGUGGACUCGGCUAGGCAGAACCUGGCGGCGAGUUUUGUAAAUGGCUUUGUAAAUGCAGCAUUUGGCCAGGACAAGCUUUUGAUGGAAGAUGGGAACAAGUGGUUGUACAAAAACAAGGAACAUGGCAUGUUGAGCGCAACGGCUUCUCUUGGUUUAGUUCUUCUUUGGGAUGUUGAUGGAGGUUUGACCCCAAUUGAUAAAUACUUAUAUUCCUCGGAAGAUCAUAUUAAAUCAGGUGCACUAUUAGCUUGUGGAAUAGUAAAUUGUGGUGUUCGAAAUGAAUGCGAUCCCGCAUUGGCCCUUUUGAGUGACUAUGUCUUACAUAAUACCAAUAUUAUGAGGAUUGGUGCUAUCGUAGGCUUGGGUUUGGCCUAUGUAGGGUCAAAUCGAGAGGCAGUAUUAAGUUUGCUAACUCCUGUCUUCUCCGAUCCAAAAUCUAACAUGGAGGUCAUUGGAAUGUCUGCUUUAGCUUGUGGCAUGAUUGCAGUUGGUUCUGGCAAUGCUCAGGUCACCACAACAAUUAUGCAGACACUUAUGGAGAAAUCGGAAACCGAAUUGAAAGAUACUUACGCUAGGUUUUUGCCACUUGGACUGGGACUAUGUCAUUUAGGUAAACAAGAAGGUGUGGAUACGAUUAUUGCAGCGUUGGAAGUUAUCCCGGAACCGUUCCGAUCCAUGGCAACAACAAUGGUUGAUAUCUGUGCAUAUGCUGGUACUGGAAAUGUACUAAAGGUCCAACAUCUCUUGCAUAUCUGUUCAGAACAUUAUGAAGCUUCCGAGAGUACUGAUAAAAAUACUAAAGAUAAAGACAAAAAGGAAGCUAAAGAAGAAAAGGACUUGUCUCCCAGACAAGCUAUUGCGGUACUUGGUAUUGCUUUAAUAAGUAUGGGUGAAGAUAUCGGUAGCGAGAUGGCCUUCCGAACGUUCGGCCAUUUGCUCCGCUACUGCGAACCUGUAAUUCGUCGUGCAGUUCCUUUAGCACUUGGACUAAUUUCCGUUUCUAAUCCGAAGUUAAGCAUCUUAGACACACUCAGUAAAUUUUCUCACGAUAGCGACGCUGAGGUUGCUCAUAAUGCUAUUUUUGCUAUGGGCUUAGUUGGAGCAGGAACAAACAAUGCUAGGCUUGCGGCCAUGUUGAGACAACUAGCUCAAUUCCAUGCCAAGGAUCCCAACAACUUGUUUAUGGUGCGCAUCGCUCAAGGUUUGACCCACUUGGGUAAAGGAACUUUGACACUUAGUCCGUACCAUAGCGACAGACAACUUAUGAGUCCUGUAGCGGUUGCUGGGCUUAUGGCCACAUUAGUUGGAUUUUUGGAUGUGAAAAAUAUUAUUCUGGGUAGGUCCCACUACCUCUUAUAUACAUUAGCUGCUGCGAUGCAACCUAGGAUGCUCGUUACUUUUGACGAAGACUUGAAUCCCCUUCCUGUUCCAGUGAGAGUUGGUUUGGCUGUCGAUGUGGUUGGUCAAGCAGGUAAACCAAAAACAAUAACUGGUUUUCAAACUCAUACGACUCCCGUUUUGUUGGCCUAUGGCGAGAGAGCUGAACUCGCUACAGAAGAGUAUAUCGCUUUAACACCUAUAAUGGAAGGAUUCGUCAUUUUGAGGAAAAAUCCAGAUUUCAAUCCUUAAAUUUUCUAUUUCAAUUUAAAACUAAGUACGUUUAACUUAGGUCUUCGUUCUUAAAUGUUCCCUCAAGUUUUAGAUAUGUUUAUUCUCAAUCAAUAUUUAUAAGUAGUAAUUAUAAUUUUUUUUUUUAAUUAACAAAGGUUGAAACAUUAAGUAUUCUGUAAUAAUUUCUGUUUAAUAAAAAGACAGUAUGGAGUUCUUUUCAGUGCCGAAAAAUUCUGUCCAUACUAUCGUUCGCAUUAAA